AAAAAACAGCCGCUGACCUGCAUGCAAAGCUGUCAGGGUGGCAAAAGGGGUAAAAAAAGAGAAUCACCAUUACCACAACAAUAAACACCCAGCCCUCUUCUCAGCUAUCACCACUUUAUCACCUGCAUGUGCCUGGAAGGAGGCUCUUCCCUCCGCUGAGGGGGGGGGAAAAUCAGCUUAGGAAAGCAAAGUUUGAACAGCGAAUUCCUGUUAUUUCAAAACUCCCCAUGUGACAGGAUAUUUCCUUAUCAUCCCGAGCCCAGAGCUUUCCCCUGAUCCACCAGCCCUUCACAAGUGCGGAGGACCUGCCCGGCGGGAAGCGCUCUCCCCAGAGCGGCGAUGGCUCCCUCCCCGCUCCUGCUGCUCCUCGCACUUCUCCCGCGGGCUUUUCCGCUGCUGGAUACUAGCAUCUUCUUAAUAUAUAACGAAGAUCACAAGCGCUGUGUACUCGCUCGAAGUUCAAAUUCAGUGACUACUGCUCCUUGCGUUCAAGAAAAUGAGUCACAAAAAUUCAGGUGGGUCUCAGAUCACCAGCUUAUGAGCAUAGCAUUCAAAUUGUGCUUGGGAGUGCCUUCGAAGAAAGACUGGGUUCCCAUCACUCUGUAUCCCUGUGACAAGGCUAGUGAACUGCAGCGAUGGGAAUGCAGAAAUGAGACCCUCUUUGCAAUCCAAGGGAAAGAUUUGUUUUUCAACUAUGGAAACAAUCAGGAAAGGAAUAUUAUGCUGUACAAGGGAUCUGGUUUAUGGAGUAGGUGGAAAGUCUACGGAACUACAGACGAUUUGUGUUCUCGAGGCUAUGAAGAUACCUACACAGUGAAAGGAAAUGCCAAUGGUGCACCUUGUGUAUUCCCUUUUAAGUUUGGUGGUAAAUGGUAUGCUGACUGCACAGAUGCUGGCAGAUCAGAUGGCUGGUUCUGGUGUGGAACCACUUCAAACUUUGAUGUUGACAAUAUGUAUGGAUUUUGCCCAUUGAAAUUCAAUAGCCUUGACGUAUUGUGGAAUUCCGAUCCUUUAACAAAUGUCCAGUACCAGAUAAACUCUGAGGCAGCUCUGGAAUGGCAUCAGGCAAGAAAAAGCUGUCAACAACAGAAUGCAGAGUUAUUAAGCAUCACAGAGUUGCAUGAACAAACAUACCUGACUGGUCUGACUGGCAGGCUGAGUUCUGCUCUCUGGUUUGGUCUUAACAGUUUGAAUUUCAACAGUGGAUGGCAAUGGGUUGGUGGUGCUCCUUUCCGGUACUUAAAUUGGGUUCCAGGACAUCCUUCUCCAGAACCUGGAAAAAUCUGUGCAGCAUUAAAUCCUGGCAAAGGUGCUAAGUGGGAGAAUCGGGAAUGCAGUCAGAAACUUGGCUAUAUUUGUAAACGAGGAAAUGCUACUUUAGAAUCUUUCAUUAUUCCUACAGAGACUCAUGUACCUAUGAGAUGUCCUGAUCAAUGGAUGUCAUAUGCUGGUCACUGUUACAUAAUUCACAGGGACCCCAAAAUAUGGAAAGAUGCCUUAACAUCUUGCAGGAAAGAGGAUGGGGAUCUGGCAAGCAUCCAUAAUGUUGAAGAGUACAGCUUUGUUAUUUCUCAGCUUGGGUACCAGCCAGCUGAUGAGCUGUGGAUUGGGUUGAAUGACCUGAAGGUUCAGAUGUAUUUUGAAUGGAGUGAUGGAACACCUGUCACCUACACCAAGUGGCUUCGUGGAGAACCCACUCAUGCAAACAACAGGCAAGAGGACUGUGUUGUUAUGAAGGGAAAGGAUGGAUUUUGGGCAGAUCAUUCUUGUGAAAAGAAAAUUGGCUACAUCUGUAAGAGGAAACCCAUGUCAGAAGCUCCUAGAGAAGAGGAAACUAUUGACAUGGGCUGCCAAAGAGGUUGGAAAAGACAUGGCUUUUACUGUUAUUUCAUUGGAAAUACAUUUGUAUCAUUUUCUCAAGCAAAUCAAACCUGUGUAAGGCAUCAGGCCUUUUUAGCAACUAUUGGAGACAGAUAUGAACAAGCCUAUCUGACUAGCCUGGUUGGGCUGAGAACAGAAAGAUACUUUUGGAUUGGACUUUCAGAUGUAGAAGAUAAGGGAACAUUCAAGUGGACUAAUGGUGAAUCUGUCUUAUUUACACACUGGAAUUCUGAAAUGCCUGGAAGAAAGCCAGGCUGCGUUGCCAUGAGGACUGGAAUUGCAGGUGGAUUAUGGGAUGUAAUAAAAUGUGAAGAAAAGGCAAAGUUCCUAUGCAAAGUGUGGGCAGAGGGAGUGACACUUCCACCUCCUCCUACAACAACUCCUAUUCCCCGGUGUCCAGAAGGUUGGGACUCAAACAGUCGCAUUAGUUUGUGUUUUAAACCUUUUUCAAAAGGAGAGCAAAAGAAAACAUGGCUUGAAUCUCAAGAGUUUUGUCGAGCUAUAGGAGGAGAUCUGGCCUCUAUUAAUAGUAAAGAAGAACAGUACGUGAUAUGGCGUUCCAUUGCGAACAAUGGCUAUUACAACCAACAUUUCUGGAUGGGCUUGUAUUACUUGAAUCCUGAUGAUGGCUUUGUUUGGAGUGAUGGAUCUCCUGUGAGGUAUGAAAACUGGGGCUUUGGAGAACCCAAUAAUUAUCAAGGAGUUGAACUUUGUGCAGAGAUCAGUGGUGAUUCCAGUAUGCUUUGGAAUGACAGGCAUUGUGAUUAUCUAUAUGGCUGGAUUUGCCAGAUAAGAAAAGGAGCAAGUGUCAAGCCAGAACCAACAGAAUCUCCUGCACCCCAAUACCUGACUACUGAGGAUGGAUGGAUUAUACAUGGAGACAAACAAUAUUAUUUCAGCACCGAGAGUGUUCCUAUGGAAAAAGGUCGGGAGUUCUGCAAGAAGAACUUUGGCGACCUUGCUGUCAUUGAGAAUGAAAGUGAAAGAAAGUUCCUCUGGCGAUAUAUCUUGAAAAAUGGCAAAACGGAUUCAUAUUUCAUUGGUUUACAACUGAGUGUUGACCAACGGACAAGCUGGAUGGAUGGCACCCCAGUGAAUUAUUUGGCAUGGGCACCACAUGAACCUAACUUUGCAAAUAACGAUGAAAACUGUGUAGUUAUGUAUAAGAAUUUAGGGCUUUGGAAUGAUAUAAACUGUGGUUAUCCGAAUCCCUACAUAUGUGAAAGGCACAAUAGUACCAUUAAUUCCACUGUUCCUCCAACAACAUUUUCAACUCCAAGAGGAUGUCGUCCAACUUGGCUUUCCUUUCGUGAUAAGUGUUACAAAAUAUUUGGAUCUACAGAAGAUGAACGUGUCAUUUGGCAUGCUGCACGAACAGCUUGCAUGAAUUUAGGAGGAAACCUGGCCACUAUCCCUAAUGAACAAGUGCAAGCUUUCCUCACUUUCCAUAUGAAAGAUUUUGUUACUGAUACAUGGAUUGGAUUAAAUGAUAUAAACCAUGAAAUGAGGUUUCUCUGGACAGAUGGAACAGGAGUUUACUUCACCAAUUGGGCCAAAGGCUUCCCAUCAGGACGCAUGGAUUUAUACUCGUAUGAUGGCCAGGCUGAUUGUGUUGUCAUGAGAAACAGUCCUGUUAAAGAAGCAGGGAAGUGGGCUGAUGAGAGUUGUGAUACCAGCAGAGGAUAUAUAUGCCAAAUUAAUGCAGAUGCUGAGUUUCUGCCUUCUACAAGUUCGUCCCCCUCCAGCAUUAUCCGUUAUGGUAACAGUAGUUAUUUUUUCAUCCAUACCAAAAUGCAAUGGGAGGAUGCACAAAAAAUCUGCAAACGUGAUCAGUUUGACCUUUCCAGCAUCUUAGACCCCUACAGUCAUUCGUUCCUGUGGCUAAAGCUAUUAAAGUAUGGGGUGCCUUUGUGGAUUGGCCUGAACAGUAAUGUGACCAAUGGGCGUUAUGAAUGGAUUGAUAACUGGAGAAUGAAGUAUACUAAAUGGGCUGAAGGGGAGCCAAAACAGAAAUUUGGCUGUGUCUAUCUAGAUGUCUCUGGAGCCUGGAAGACAGGAUCCUGCAAUGAAAGUUACUUCUCUGUUUGCAGAAAACCUGAUGUUCAGGCUCCCACUGAGCCCCCUCAACUUCCAGGAAAGUGCCCUGAAUCAGAAGAACAGAAGUCUUGGAUCCCUUUCCGAGGUCAUUGCUACUACAUUGAAUCUUCAUCUACAAGAAAUUGGGCCCAGGCCUCUUUAGAAUGUCUUCGACUAGGUGCUUCUUUGGUAUCAGUUGAAGACUCAGCUGAAGCCAACUUUCUGGCAUACACCAUUGAACCACUUGAAGAGAAAGUAUCAACAUUUUGGACAGGAAUGUACAGGAAUGUGGAUGGAGAAUGGCUGUGGCUAGACAACACUGCAGUGAGUUUUGUCAACUGGAAUGUAGGAGAACCUUCCCCUCAACAAAAUGAGCACUGCGUUGAAAUGUACGCACACUCUGGGUACUGGAAUAAUAUCUACUGCUCUUCCUACAAAGGCUAUGUUUGUAAAAAGCCAAAAACAGUAGAAAUGCCACCAGCAGCUGAAAUGCCACCAACUGAAAUGCCUACAAAUGCAAUGACAAAGGAUGAGAAGGCUCCUACUCUGAACCAUGGUAAAACAGGUGUUGUAGUUAUUGUUGCCAUCCUCAUCUUAGCUGGAAGUGGCCUUGCAGGCUACUUCUUCUACAAGAGAAGAAAGAAUCGCUUGUCAACAAAUGACAGCUUUGAGAACAAUUUGUAUUUUAAUAGUGAUUCAGUUCCUGGAACUAGUGACACAAAGGAUCUUGUGACCAACAUAGAACAGAAUGAACAUGCGACACUGUAAUGUAAUAAAAAAGAAAUGUAAUAUGUAUUGUAAAAUGUAAUGUAAUAAAGUAAAAUGUGCCUUGUUUUAAUAAAAUUAUGCAUUUAGAAUUAAGCCAAAGCUAUCUUCUCAUGUGCUAAUACUGUAGUAGUAGCCAGUUUCAGUGUGUGCAUAAUAUUAUAUACAGCAAUUACUAUAUUUUGUAACCAUUGUAUAAUUUGUAACUUUUCAUAUCUCAGGAUUUGAUGACCCACACUGAUGAUUGUGGGUCUUAAAAAAAUAGUUAAUAUUGACUAAUUAUUAAAUGGAAAAAUAGAAAUGAAUGCAAUAAAGGAAGCAAAAUGUAGAUGGAUCCACUUGAGAAAGAUCCCAAGAUUUGAAGUUUCUGCACCAGAUUUAUUUCAAAACAUGCUAAUGCACAGAUUCUCCAAGCUAUUCAGCAAACAUGUCUCUAAUUCUACCAUCUUCAGUUAUUCCUAGGGAUUUAACUAUAGGGGUAAUUACUAGAUGACAAAUAUGUAUUCAGGCACAUCUUCUUUGAAUCACUUGGGAAAAAAAUAAUUUUAUGAUAAAAUUUAAAUUCUCACAGUUUCACACAACACAGAGAAACAAGUAUGUAGUUCUUGUAGUUUAGGUAUGCUAAUAUUAAACAGGUGAAAUCUGGGGGCAGACUUCUGUCUGGAAUGGGGAAAUUUGUUUGGUGUCAACUGCCAGUGUUCUGGCUGGCCACAACUGGGUUUCUCUGGGAGAGGGGAUGAAGGUCAUGUCAAAUCUUCCUGCUUAUGAGCACAACAGUUACUGAGGAGAGAAAGGAACACUAUCUAUAUGUGUUCUGAUGGUUGAUAGGAGCAGUGGGUAGCUGUUUUGGUGAUCACAUAUUAAUACUGCUCUCCUAUAGCCUCUCAAUCAAUAGCAUAAGUUUGUGGGGUGUGUGCGAAAGUCAAGAACAAUUUAGCUUUACCAAUGUAUUAGUACUGAUUUUAUUUCCUAUCUAAAAAGAAUAGCUCAGUUACCAUUUAUGGAAAUCUUAGAUUCCCCAAUGAGAAGUUUAUAGUCAUAAUUUUUCGUAAAUCUUGUAAAAUGUAAAACAUGCAUGACUCUUCACUUGCAUACAAAUAUUUGCAAGGCUUGGUUUUGUGAUUUCAGAUUUCAUUCUGUGAAAUAAACAGUAACUAGCUUUCAUUUUUUAAAA